AAUAUUUUGGAAAUCGGGUUCUUAUUUUCGCUGACAGGUUAGUAGAUGACCGCACUGUCGUAUGUCCAGAGGCUGGCGACUUAAAUUUCCCCCCUAAGAAGUUUCGAGAUUGUCUGAUAAAAGUAUGUCCUAUGAAUCGGUACUCAGCCCAGAAACAAUUCUGGAAAGCCGCCAAACAAUCAGCUAGUACGAAUACAGAUACUAAUUUGCUCAAGCGAUUACAUCAUGCCGCUGAAAUUGAGAAGAAACAAAACGAAACCGAAAACAAGAAACUCUUGGGCUCAAUCAUACAGUACGGCAGCGUGGUGCAAUUGUUGCAUCUCAAAUCCAACAAAUAUUUAACAGUUAAUAAACGUUUGCCUUCGUUGCUAGAAAAAAAUGCAAUGCGAGUUUACUUGGAUGCCAAUGGCAAUGAGGGUUCCUGGUUUUAUAUUAUGCCUUUUUAUAAGUUACGUUCCAUUGGUGAUAAUGUUGUGAUGGGCGAUAAAGUUAUCUUGAAUCCUGUCAAUGCGGAUCAGCAAAAUUUACAUGUGGCGUCCAAUUAUGAAUUGCCUGAUAAUCCCGGGUGCAAAGAAGUCAACGUUUUAAAUUCUUCCACCUCAUGGAAAAUCACUUUAUUUAUGGAACAUCGUGAAAAUCAAGAGCAUAUACUGAAGGGCGGAGAUGUAGUGCGUUUGUUUCAUGCUGAACAAGAAAAAUUUUUGACAAUGGAUGAAUAUAAAAAGCAGCAACAUGUAUUUUUGCGUACCACAGGACGUACAAGUGCCACAGCUGCAACGUCCAGUAAGGCUCUUUGGGAAAUUGAAGUGGUCCAGCAUGAUUCAUGCCGUGGUGGUGCUGGUCACUGGAAUUCUCUGUAUCGCUUUAAACAUCUAGCUACAGGCUAUUACUUAGCCGCUGAGCUGGACUCGGCGGACAAUAGUCAAGCGGCUCACCAGUCACAACAUCAACAAAUCCAUCCGCAGAUGUUAGUACACCACCAAGAACAGCAACAGCAGCAACAUAACGUUAAUUUAAGUACGGACAACACCAAAGAUUCGGGAAUCAGCUGUAAUUCAAUUAUGUUGGAAAAAGUUAAGCUGGAAACUUAUAGGUUGGUCUCUGUACCGUUUUCUACGGAUAUUGCCUCUGUAUUCGAACUGGAUCCCACAACUAUGGCUCGCGCUGAUAGUUUGGUACCACAAUCGAGUUAUGUUAGAUUGCGUCACCUAUGCUCGAAUACUUGGGUUCAUGCCACUUCUAUACCAAUCGAUAUUGACGAUGAUAAGCCAGUCAUGUCCAAAGUGUGUUCUUCACCAAUAAAAGAGGAUAAAGAAGCCUUUGCAUUGAUACCGGUUUCGCCGGUAGAAGUACGAGAUUUAGACUUCGCUAAUGAUGCGUGCAAAGUGCUGGCCACUGUCACUACAAGGUUAGAUAAUGGUAUGAUAUCAAUUAACGAACGGCGUUCGUUGAUUGCUUUGCUGCAAGAUAUUGUUUAUUUUAUUGCGGGAAUGGAAAAUGAACAAAAUAAAACCAAGGCCCUAGAAUUGUCUAUAAAAAGCCCUAUAAGGGAUCGCCAAAAAUUACUGAGAGAGCAAUAUAUUCUAAAACAAUUGUUUAAAAUUCUACAGGGUCCUUUUCAGGAGCACCCAAGUGGAGACGCGCCUUUCCUGCGUUUGGAUGAAUUAAGUGAUCCAAAAAAUAGUCCAUACAAAAACAUUUUUCGUUUAUGUUAUCGUAUUUUGAGGCUAUCGCAGCAGGAUUAUCGCAAAAACCAAGAAUAUAUAGCCAAGCAUUUCGGUCUAAUGCAAAAACAAAUCGGGUAUGACAUUUUAGCUGAAGACACUAUUACAGCUUUAUUGCACAAUAAUCGCAAGCUGCUGGAAAAACACAUAACUGCUGCUGAAAUUGAGACCUUCGUGGGUUUAGUACGAAAAAAUAUGCACAAUUGGGAUUCGAGAUUUUUGGACUAUCUCUCCGAUUUAUGUGUUUCAAAUCGUAAAGCCAUAGCAGUAACGCAAGAGUUAAUUUGUAAGAGCGUUUUGAGCUCAAAGAAUUCGGAUAUUUUAAUUGAAACUGAAAUCAAGCCGAAUAAAGGAACUAAGAACUCCAUUACAAAAAUUAAUAAGCAAGACAGCUUGUCUUUAUCAACGUUAACCGAGAUGGGUGACGAUGAUGAUGAAAAAUUUGAAACUCUGUCCAAUGCGACCACGUCCACCUGGGACUUGGAUAACUUAACCGAGUAUGACGAAAAGAAACAACCUAAAUAUGAAAUACAUUUAAAAUGGAAAGACUUGGCCUGUUCCCGUUCUAUGGUUGACUUAGCUGGGUGUGUGGCUCGGGGAGAAAAACUCGAAGCAACCAUAUUGAAUUAUUAUCGCCAUCAAUUAAAUCUCUUCUCAAAUAUGUGUCUGAAUCGUCAAUAUUUAGCUUUGAAUAAUCUCUCUCCCCAUCUAGACAUAGAUCUAAUACUCAAGUGCAUGUCCGAUGAAACAAUGCCGUAUGAGCUGCGUGCGUCAUUUUGUCGUCUCAUGUUGCAUUUGCAUGUGGACCGCGAUCCGCAGGAACCGGUAACCCCAGUAAAAUAUGCGCGCCUUUGGAGUGAAAUACCCUCAAAAAUGUCUAUUUUGGAUUACGAUGGCAAAAAUCAACAACCUGAUCACAAUAAGGAGGCCGUAAGAGCGAAAUUCAAUACUACUAUCGCUUUUGUUGAAAAUUAUUUGUGUAACGUGGCUGCUAAAGUGUGGUUAUUCACCGAUCAAGAACAAAAUAAAUUAACAUUUGAAGUAGUUAAAUUGGCGCGUGAUUUGAUUUAUUUCGGCUUUUAUAGCUUUAGCGAUUUGUUGCGUUUAACCAAAACCUUACUUUGCAUUUUAGACUGCGUGUCAGAAACGAAUGGUGAAAAUCUAUCAGUUGGAAGGUUUCUAACAGCCGAUGGCGAAUCUGCCACACAGGAAAAUGUUGCGGAUGGGGGCGUUUUACGUAGCAUUGGGGAUAUGAACACCGUAAUGACUUCUUUGGCCUUGGGCCCAGUGGGCCACAUUAUGGCCACUACACCAACGACAACCUUACAACAACGUAAAUCGGUUUCGCAGCUACUGAAGGAGUAUCCUUUAGUGAUGGAUACAAAACUAAAAAUAAUCGAGAUUUUGCAGUUUAUACUCGACGUACGUUUGGAUUAUAGAAUUAGUUGCCUGCUGUCCAUAUUCAAACGGGAAUUUGAUGAAAGUGAUGGUAACGUUGCCGAAAGUGUUACUACAGAACAGCAAACUUCUUCACUUAAUCCAUCAACAGCGUCUUCUGCUUUUACGCAACGGCAAAAGAAUAUCGAUUUAGAAUCCAUAGGCCUUCAAGCUGAGGGUAUAUUUGAUAGUGUUAGAGGGGAUGCAGCUAACCUAGAUUUAGAUGGUCAAGGUGGUCGUACCUUUUUGAGAGUUUUGCUACAUUUAAUAAUGCAUGACUAUCCUCCUUUGGUGUCGGGAGCAUUGCACUUAUUGUUUCGUCAUUUCAGUCAGCGCCAAGAGGUGUUGCAAGCUUUUCGUCAAGUUCAACUUCUAGUAUCCGACAGCGACGUGGAAUCAUAUAAACAAAUUAAACACGAUUUAGAUAUUUUACGCCAAAGUGUUGAAAAAUCUGAGUUGUGGGUUUAUAAAUCGAAGACUUCCGAAGAAAUCAGUACAAGUGCUGCAGAUUUGAAUAUCGACAUGCAAAAUUUAAGCAACGAAUACAGGGCUUCCUUGUCUACCGAGCAAUUAAAUGAAUAUAAAAAGGUCAAAGAGAUUUUAAUGCGUAUGAAUAAAUUUUGUGUUACCCAAGGCCCUUAUGUUAAACCCCGCAAACAUGAACAACGUCUUUUGCGUAAUGUAGGAGUUCAUACCGUGGUCCUCGAUCUUCUACAAAAUCCUUAUGAUGAAAAAGACGAUGAACUUAUGAAAGAAUUAAUGUUUUUGGCACACGAAUUUCUCCAGAACUUCUGUUUGGGCAAUCAGCAAAAUCAAGUGCUGUUACAUAAUCAUUUGGAUUUAUUCCUUAAUCCGGGAAUAUUGGAAGCGAAAACUGUUUGUGCUAUUUUCAAAGACAAUCUUGCCAUUUGCAAUGAAGUUACCGACAAGGUUGUACAACAUUUUGUCCAUUGUAUUGAAAUUCACGGACGCCAUGUCGUGUAUUUGCAAUUCUUGCAAACAAUUGUUAAGGCGGAAAAUCAAUUCAUACGUAAAUGCCAGGAUAUGGUUAUGCAAGAGCUUAUCAAUGCAGGGGAAGAAGUUUUGGUGUUUUACAAUGAUAAGGCUUCAUUCAAUCAAUUUGUAAACAUGAUGCAAAAACAUAUGUCUCCAUUAACUGAAGACAGUCCUCUGCGUUACCAUGUAGAAUUGGUAAAGUUAUUGGCUUGUUGUACAAUGGGUAAAAACCUCUAUACGGAAAUUAAAUGCAAUAAUUUGUUAUCUCUGGAUGAUAUUGUUACAAUAAUUUGUAAUUCCGCCUGUAUACCGGAAGUAAAGGAGGCUUAUGUAGACUUUCUUAAUCACUGUUAUAUUGAUACUGAAGUGGAAAUGAAAGAAAUCUAUUCAUCGGGUCAUAUGUGGAAUUUAUUUGAAAAAAGUUUUUUAGUAGACAUUAAUCAGUUAAUAGCGGUGGGCCCCACUGGUGAUAAAAGUCUAAUGAAUUAUGUCUUGAAUGGUGUUCUGAAUAUCUUGAGCACUUUCUUUAGCAGCCCGUUUUCGGAUCAGAGCACCAUCGUGCAAUCACGUCAGAUGAUCUUUGUGCAACUCUUGCAGGCUUCAUAUCGUUUAUCGCAGUGCAAAUGGUUGACAUUGGCCGAUCGCUUUAAUGUCGAAAAUUGUCUACGUACGUUGGCUGAAUCGGCGAAAACCCGCAGCAUUGCUAUACCACUUGACCUCGAGCAACAGGUAGUCAAUAUGUCCAGUAAGACGGCCAUGUUGACUCGCCAAACAACGAAAUGGCUACUGGCCUCGAAGCAGCCAAAAUACGAAGCACAGCUGUCGACAAAUUUAAUGCGAUUAGAUCGGUCGAUUAUAGAAGGUCUGCAAGAAAUUGUAUCAUUAUUGGAAGAUCAACUGAAGCCGGUGGUGGAAGCUGAGCUUUCUCUGUUAGUGGAUAUAUUAUAUCGCUCGGAGUUGUUGUUCCCUCAAGGCACUGAAGCACGCAAACGUUGCGAAUCGGGGGGAUUUAUACGGAAACUUAUCAAGCACACUGAAAAAUUGUUAGAAGAAAAAGAAGAGAAACUGUGCGUGAAAGUCUUGCGCACUCUUCGUGAAAUGAUGGCAAUUGAUGUAAAUUAUGGCGAUAAGGGUGACGCUUUACGUCAGACAUUGUUAAAGCUUUAUUUUGAUCUCAAACUUAGCGGCAGUUCUCGUACACCUACUGAGGGAAAAGGUGAUAUUUUAAAUGGUUCAAAUAUUGUGAGCCAUCAACAAAAACAUGUUCACCUAGUUACUCACGGUCCUGGUGCCAAAUAUCUUCAAAGAGCUGAAAAGACCUUACAUGAAGUACAAAAUCAUUUAGAUCGCGAAGGCGCUUCCGAUUUAGUUAUAGAGCUGGUCAUUAAAUCAGUACAUUCUCCUUCCAUUUUUGUAGAAGCUGUAGAACUUGGUAUUGCUUUGUUGGAAGGUGGUAACCCGAUUAUACAAAAAGGCAUGUAUCAGAAGUUUUUGAGCGGUGAUUUGAAUCAGGCUUUCUUCAAAGUUUUCUUCGAUAAAAUGAAGGAUGCGCAGCAAGAGAUUAAGUCAACAGUUACCGUUAACACUUCAGAUACAGCGCCUAAGGCCCAUGAAAGCAAACAAGACGUCAAUUUGGAAUUGGAUAAAAUCUCGCGUAAACAUGGUGUGAAGAGCAAUGGUAUAGUAAUUACUGAAGAACUGAAAAAAGAACUGCACAAUGCUGGUCUAGCGACUGCUCGAGCUUUCAGUAACGCCCGCAAUCUGCAUGCAGUGGGUGAUGAACACAGUGCACUUAACGUUAACAGUCCUUUGGAUGAGAUAAUAGCAGAGAAAUUAGAAAAGCAUAAGGAUAGCAAAGAAGAUCGCAACAAACUUUCUAACAAGGUAUUGGUAAUGCAACCGAUAUUAAGGUUUCUACAAUUGCUUUGUGAAAAUCACAAUCCCGACCUUCAAAAUCUUUUGCGCCAUCAAAACCAUAAGACCAAUUACAAUCUGGUUUCAGAAACACUUAUGUUCUUGGAUUGCAUUUGCGGCUCUACCACGGGUGGUUUAGGAUUAUUAGGACUUUACAUCAACGAAAAUAAUGUAGCUUUGAUUAAUCAAACCCUAGAAACUCUUACUGAAUAUUGUCAGGGUCCUUGUCAUGAAAAUCAGAAUUGCAUAGCAACGCACGAAUCGAAUGGCUUAGAUAUUAUAACUGCACUAAUAUUAAAUAACAUCAAUCCGUUGGGUGAAAAUCGUAUGGACUUGGUACUGGAAUUAAAAAAUAACGCGUCAAAAUUGCUAUUGGCUAUUAUGGAAUCACGUGGUGACAGUGAAAAUGCUGAACGCAUUUUAUAUAAUAUGAAUCCAAAGCAGCUAGUAGAAGUGGCUUGUAAAGCAUACCAUCAAGAAGAAAUGAUCGAUGACGCGGAUGAUCAAGAUGAAAUUGUCGACGGCGAUCACGAUGAUGAUGAUGUAUCAGUUAGCCCUCGUGAAGUCGGCCAUAACAUUUACAUAUUGUGCCAUCAACUUGCGCAGCACAAUAAAGAACUGGCAGCUUUGUUAAAAGCUUCUGAAGAUCCACAUGCAGUCAGUUUUGACGCCAAAAUGAGUCAGGCUUUAAUGUAUUAUGCUACUCAUACAGCACAGAUAGAGAUCGUACGUAACGAUCGCACCCUGGAGCAAAUUGUAUUUCCUAUCCCUGAGAUAUGCGAAUAUUUGACUACAGACACAAAGAUGAAAAUCUUUCAAACAGCUGAGAGGGACGAUCAGGGUUCGAAAGUAGCCGACUUUUUUGACAAGGCCGAAGAAAUGUUCAACGAGAUGAAGUGGCAGAAAAAACUUAGAGGACAGCCCUUCUUAUUUUGGGUUAGCAGUUACAUGUCCUUAUGGAGCAAUAUUCUCUUCAAUUGCGUAGUUGUUAUUAAUAUGAUAGUAGCUUUUUUCUACCCAUUUGAUAACACCGUACCAGAACUUAGUUCUCAUAUAUCUUUAUUAUUUUGGACUAUAUUGUCGUUUUCGUUAGUGAUUGUAGCAACGUUACCACGUGAAUCAGGCAUACGUACAUUAAUUGGUUCAAUUAUAUUGCGUUCAAUAUUUUUAAUGGGUCCGGAGUCCACGUUAUGCUUGCUGGGUAUAGUAACAGUUACAUUGAAAAGUGUUCACAUCAUUAGUAUAAUGGGCAAUCAAGGAACUUUGGAGAAACAUUUCUUUAAAAUCAUAACCGAUUUUCAGUUAUUAUACCACUGCAUUUACAUAAUAUUCUGCUUUUGCGGUUUAGUAGUUCAUCCUUUCUUUUAUUCACUAUUGCUUUUCGAUGUGGUUUAUCGGGAGGAAACGCUAAUUAAUGUUAUUCGUUCGGUGACUCGCAAUGGUCGUUCAAUCGUUUUGACAGCUGUCUUGGCCUUGAUUUUAGUUUAUCUUUUCUCCAUUAUCGGUUAUAUGUUCUUUAAAGAUGAUUUUUUGGUAUCAGUUGAUGUAGAGGAUGCAGGUAAUGAUAUUGACAUGACAUUAUCAGUGAGUGCAGAAGAAAGCUGUUCGCCAUCCGAUGAGAUACAGAAAUCACAGCUAAUUGCUUCAGGUAGUAGCGACAACAAAGAACGUUCCUGCGAUUCAUUGGUGAUGUGCAUCGUUACUACUUUAAAUCAAGGCUUGCGAAAUGGCGGCGGUAUCGGAGAUAUUCUGAGAGCGCCAUCUAGUAAGGAAAGUUUAUUUGCUGCUCGUGUUAUUUACGACUUGCUCUUUUUCUUCAUUGUAAUUAUUAUUGUGCUGAAUUUAAUUUUCGGUGUAAUCAUUGAUACAUUUGCUGAUCUUAGAAGUGAAAAACAACAGAAAGAAACUAUUUUAAAAAAUCAUUGUUUCAUAUGCGGUCUAAAUCGCUCCGCCUUCGAUAAUAAAACGGUCAGUUUUGAAGAGCAUACUAAAAGUGAACACAACAUGUGGCAUUACCUUUACUUUAUAGUACUGGUAAAGGUUAAAGACCCGACAGAAUUCACGGGACCCGAAAGUUAUGUGUAUGCUAUGGUUAAAGCCAGCAUCUUGGAUUGGUUUCCCCGUCUAAGAGCCAUGUCUUUAGCAGCCGUAGAUGCUGAUGGUGAACAGAUAGAAUUGCGUAGCUUGCAAGCACAAUUAAUGGAAACACAAAUGUUAAUAACGAAUCUCUCACAACAAUUGCACGAACUAAAAGACCAUAUGACCGAACAACGUAAGCAAAAACAACGUUUGGGUUUAUUAAAUACAACAGCUAGUUUUAUGGCCGGCUAUCAGUUUCAGUAACAAUGUUAGCAAGAAGAGUAUGACGCGGAGGGGUUGAGCCAGCGCUAAAUUUCGAACAAACAAAGUUGUUGUUUUAAUAGACAAUAUUUUGUUGGAAGCUUACAAUGAACGUUUAAGAAAAAAAGUAAACCAAUGUCUCGAAUUAGAAAAACGUAAAUAUCAUCAUUAUAAUUGUCAACAACAUAGAAAAAAACCCAAAUCUACUAUAAAUUUAA